CCACCUACCUUCCCGCCGCUCCAGAGUGGGCUCGCAGAGCUGAGGACGCGUGCGGCGCUGCUCAAGGUCUCUCUCUCUCAGCACCCUCGCCGGCCGGCAUCUGACACGGGUGUCAGGGGGCUCCGGGCGCCUUUCAGCAUCCCUUCCCCUGGCCGACCGGGACUCCGCUACCCAGACGCCGCCGCUGCGGCCACCGCCCGAGGGGACCUGCGGACAGGACGCCGGCAGGAGGAGGGGUGCGCAGCGCCCGCCCAGAGCGUCUCCCCCGCGGCGCGGCCAGACCCGGGCCUCCCGGCCCCAGGAGCCCCCGCUGUCUCGCCAAGUGUAUGGGACUGAAGUUCUUGGAGAAGGAAAUCCAACUCUUGAAGGUGAACUAUGACCACUUUACUCUUGGUGUUUGUGACUCUGAGGGUCAUCGCAGCAGCCAUCUCAGUAGAAGUUUCAGAACCUGACAACUCGCUGAGUGUCAGCAUCCCUGAACCGUCCCCGCUGCGGGUCCUCCUGGGGAGCUCCCUCACCAUCCCCUGCUACUUCAUCGACCCCAUGCACCCCGUGACCACCGCCCCCUCCACCGCUCCCCUCGCCCCGAGAAUCAAGUGGAGCCGCAUAUCCAAGGAGAAGGAGGUGGUGCUGCUGGUGGCCACGGAAGGGCGGGUGCGGGUCAACAGCGCCUACCAAGACAAGGUCACGCUGCCCAACUACCCCGCCAUCCCCAGCGACGCCACCCUGGAAAUCCAGAACCUGCGCUCCAAUGACUCCGGGAUCUAUCGCUGUGAGGUGAUGCACGGCAUCGAGGACAGCCAGGCCACCCUGGAGGUCGUGGUGAAAGGCAUCGUGUUCCAUUACAGAGCCAUCUCCACGCGCUACACCCUGGACUUUGACAGGGCGCAGCGGGCCUGCCUGCAGAACAGCGCCAUCAUCGCCACUCCCGAGCAGCUGCAGGCCGCCUAUGAGGACGGCUUUCACCAGUGCGACGCCGGCUGGCUGGCCGAUCAGACUGUGAGGUACCCCAUCCACACGCCUAGGGAAGGUUGCUAUGGAGACAAGGACGAGUUUCCGGGCGUGAGGACCUACGGCAUCCGGGACACCAACGAAACCUAUGACGUGUACUGCUUCGCGGAGGAGAUGGAGGGUGAGGUCUUCUAUGCAACAUCCCCGGAGAAGUUCACCUUCCAGGAGGCAGCCAACGAGUGCCGGCGGCUGGGCGCCAGGCUGGCCACCACGGGCCAACUCUACCUGGCCUGGCAGGGUGGCAUGGACAUGUGCAGCGCCGGCUGGCUGGCUGACCGCAGCGUGCGAUACCCCAUCUCCAAGGCCCGACCGAACUGCGGGGGCAACCUCCUGGGAGUGAGGACCGUCUACCUGCAUGCCAACCAGACAGGCUACCCUGACCCUUCAUCCCGCUAUGACGCCAUCUGCUACACAGGUGAAGACUUUGUGGACAUCCCAGAAAACUUUUUUGGGGUAGGCGGCGAGGAGGACAUCACCAUCCAGACGGUUACCUGGCCUGAUGUGGAGCUGCCCCUGCCCCGAAAUAUCACCGAGGGUGAAGCCCGAGGCAACGUGAUCCUCACGGCAAAGCCCGACUUUGAAGUCUCCCCAACCGCCCCAGAACGCGAGGAGCCUUUCACGUUUGCCCCCGAAGUAAGGGCCACUGCAUUCCCCGCAGUGGAGAACAGGACUGGAGAGGCUACCUGGCCCUGGGCCUUUCCCAGAGAGUCCACGCCUGGCGUGGGAGCCCCCACGGCCUUCACCAGCGAGGACCUCGUCGUGCAGGUGACCUUAGCCCCAGGUGUAACCGAGGUCCCUGGGCAGCCACGACUGCCAGGGGGAGUCGUGUUCCACUACCGCCCGGGCUCCUCCCGCUACUCGCUGACCUUUGAGGAGGCCAAGGAGGCCUGCCUGCGCACUGGGGCCGUCAUCGCCUCGCCCGAGCAGCUCCAGGCCGCCUAUGAAGCAGGCUACGAGCAGUGUGACGCCGGCUGGCUGCAGGACCAGACAGUCAGAUACCCCAUUGUGAGCCCACGGACCCCCUGUGUGGGUGACAAGGACAGCAGCCCGGGGGUCCGGACCUACGGCUUGCGGCCACCAUCAGAAACCUACGAUGUCUACUGCUACGUGGACAGACUCGAGGGGGAGGUGUUCUUUGCCACACGCCUGGAGCAGUUCACCUUCCGGGAAGCCCAGGAGUUCUGUGAAUCCCAAAACGCCACGCUGGCCACCACGGGCCAGCUCUACGCUGCCUGGAGCCGCGGUCUGGACAAGUGCUACGCUGGCUGGCUGUCCGACGGCAGCCUUCGCUACCCCAUCGUCACCCCAAGGCCCGCCUGUGGUGGGGACAAACCAGGCGUGAGAACCGUCUACCUCUACCCCAACCAGACAGGCCUCCUGGAUCCGCUGUCCCGGCACCACGCCUUCUGCUUCCGAGGUGUUUCAGCGGCGCCCUCUCCAGGAGAAGAGGAGGGUAGCACACCCACAGCGGGCCCUGAGGUGGAGGACUGGAUCGUGACCGAAGUGAGGCCUGGCGUGGCUGCUGUCCCUGUCGGGGAGGAGACGACUGCAAUCCCAGGCUUCACCGUUGAGCCAGAAAACAAGACGGAAUGGGAACUUGCCUACACCCCAGCGGGCACCUUCCCACUACCAGGGAUCCCUCCUACAUGGCCUCCCACUGGAGAAGCAACAGAGGAGCACACAGAAGGCCCUUCUGCAACGGAAGUGCCCUCAGCCUCAGAGAAGCCGUUCCCCUCAGAGGAACCAUUCCUCCCAGAGGAACCAUUCCCCUCAGAGAAACCAUUCCCCCCAGAGGAACUGUUCCCCUCAGAGAAGCCAUUCCCCUCAGAAAAGCCAUUCCCCUCAGAAAAGCCAUUCCCCUCAGAGGAACCAUUCCCCUCAGAAAAACCAUUUCCCCCAGAGGAACUGUUCCCCUCAGAGAAGCCAAUCCCCUCAGAGGAGCCAUUCCCCUCAGAGAAGCCAUUCCCCCCAGAGGAACCAUUCCCCUCAGAGAAACCAAUCCCCUCAGAGGAGCCUUUCCCCUCAGAGAAGCCAUUCCCCCCAGAGGAACCAUUCCCCUCAGAGAAACCAAUCCCCUCAGAGGAGCCUUUCCCCUCAGAGGAGCCAUCCACACUUUCAGCCCCAGUGCCCAGCAGGACUGAGCUACCAACCUCUGGGGAGGCAUCUGGGGUGCCCGAAGUCAGUGGUGACUUCACAGGCAGUGGAGAAAUUUCAGGACACCUAGACUUCAGUGGGCAGCCUUCAGGGGAAAGUGCAAGUGGACUGCCCUCUGAAGACUUUGACUCCAGUGGGCUCACCCCUACAGUGGGCUCAGGCCUGCCUGUGGAAAGUGGACUGCCUUCAGGGGAAGAAGAGAGAAUUACAUGGACCAGUGCUCCCAAAGUUGACAGGUUGCCCUCUAGGGGUGAGGGCCCAGAAGUUUCUGCUUCUGGAGUAGAGGACAUCAGUGGACUUCCUUCUGGAGGAGAGGUUCAUCUAGAGAUCUCUGCCUCUGGAGUAGAGGACCUCAGUGGACUUCCUUCUGGAGAAGAAGGUCAUCUAGAGAUCUCUGCCUCUGGAGUAGAAGACCUGAGUGGAAUUCCUUCUGGAGAAGGUCCAGAAGUCUCUGUUUCUGGAGUAGAGGACCUCAGUAGACUUCCUUCUGGAGAAGGUCCAGAAGUCUCUGCCUCUGGAGUAGAGGAUCUCAGCAGACUUCCUUCUGGAGAAGGUCCAGAAGUCUCUGCCUCUGGAGUAGAGGACCUCGGUGUUCUUCCUUCUGGAGAAGGUCCAGAAGUCUCUGCCUCUGGAGUAGAGGACCUCAGUAGAUUUCCUUCUGGAGAAGGUCCAGAAGUCUCUGCCUCUGGAGUAGAGGACCUCGGUGUUCUUCCUUCUGGAGAAGGUCAUCUAGAGAUCUCUGCCUCUGGAGUAGAGGACCUCAGUAGACUUCCUUCUGGAGAAGGUCCAGAAGUCUCUGCCUCUGGAGUAGAGGACCUCGGUGUUCUUCCUUCUGGAGAAGGUCAUCUAGAGAUCUCUGCCUCUGGAGUAGAGGACCUCGGUGUUCUUCCUUCUGGAGAAGGUCAUCUAGAGAUCUCUGCCUCUGGAGUAGAGGACCUCAGUAGACUUCCUUCUGGAGAAGGUCCAGAAGUCUCUGCCUCUGGAGUAGAGGACCUCGGUGUUCUUCCUUCUGGAGAAGGUCAUCUAGAGAUCUCUGCCUCUGGAGUAGAGGACCUCAGUGUUCUUCCUUCUGGAGAAGGUCAUCUAGAGAUCUCUGCCUCUGGAGUAGAGGACCUCAGUAGACUUCCUUCUGGAGAAGGUCAUCUAGAGAUCUCUGCCUCUGGAGUAGAGGACCUCGGUGUUCUUCCUUCUGGAGAAGGUCAUCUAGAGAUCUCUGCCUCUGGAGUAGAGGACCUCAGUGUUCUUCCUUCUGGAGAAGGUCAUCUAGAGAUCUCUGCCUCUGGAGUAGAGGACCUCAGUAGACUUCCUUCUGGAGAAGGUCAUCUAGAGAUCUCUGCCUCUGGAGUAGAGGACCUCGGUGUUCUUCCUUCUGGAGAAGGUCAUCUAGAGAUCUCCGCCUCUGGAGUAGAGGACCUCAGUAGACUUCCUUCUGGAGGAGAGGAGCAUCUAGAGACUUCUGCUUCUGGAGUAGGGGACCUUAGUGGACUUCCUUCUGGAAGGGAAGGUCUGGAGAUCUCUGCUUCUGGAGCUGGGGAUCUUAGUGGGUUGACUUCUGGAAAAGAAGACUUGACUGGGUCAGCUUCUGGAGCCUUGGACCUUGGCAGAAUACCUUCUGUAACUUUAGGAAGUGGGCAAGCUCCAGAAGCAAGUGGUCUUCCUUCUGGAUUUAGUGGUGAGUAUUCUGGGGUGGACCUUGGAAGUGGCCCAUCCUCUGGCCUUCCUGAUCUAAGUGGACUUCCAUCUGGGUUCCCAACUGUCUCUCUGGUGGAUACUACGUUGGUGGAAGUCGUCACAGCCACCACAGCAGGUGAACUAGAAGGAAGGGGAACCAUUGACAUCAGCGGUGCUGGAGAAACAUCUGGGCUGCCCUUCAGUGAGUUGGACAUUAGUGGAGAAGCAAGCGGACUCUCUUCAGGAGCUGAACUCAGUGGCCAAGCAUCUGGGUCUCCUGAGAUCAGUGGGGAAACCUCUGGGCUCUUUGGUGUCAGUGGACAGCCCUCAGGGUUUCCUGACAUUAGUGGGGAAACUUCCGGGCUUCUUGAGGUCAGUGGGCAGCCAUCAGGGUUUUCUGGAGAAAUAUCUGGCGUGACUGAGCUUAGCGGACUGCCUUCUGGACAACCAGAAAUCAGUGGAGAAGCUUCUGGAAUUCUUUCUGGCCUUGGUCCACCAUUCGGCAUAACCGACCUGAGUGGAGAAGCACCCGGGAUCCCUGAUCUCAGUGGGCAACCAUCGGGUUUGCCAGAGUUCAGUGGAACAACAUCCGGGAUCCCUGACCUGGUUUCCAGUGCUGUGAGUGGCAGUGGUGAAUCUUCUGGCAUUAUGUUCGUGGACACCAGUUUGGUUGAAGUGACCCCAACGACAUUUAAAGAAGAAGAAGGCUUAGGAUCUGUGGAACUCAGUGGCCUCCCUUCAGGAGAGGCGGGUCUCUCAGGCACAUCUGGGCUAGUGGAUGUCAGUGGACUGUCUUCUGGAGCAAUUGACUCCAGUGGGUUUACGCCCCAACCUCCAGAAUUCAGUGGCCUGCCAAGCGGAGUAACUGAGGUCAGUGGAGAAGCCUCCGGAGCUGCGAGUGGGAGCAGCCUGCCCUCCGGAGCAUAUGACAGCAGUGGACUUCCGUCUGGUUUCCCCACUGUCUCUUUUGUAGACAGGACUUUGGUGGAAUCUGUAACCCAGGCUCCAACUGCCCAAGAAGCAGGAGAAGGGCCUUCAGGCAUUCUGGAACUUAGCGGUACCCCUUCUGGAGCACCAGACAUGUCUGGAGACCAUUUGGGAUCUUUGGACCAAAGUGGGCUUCAGUCUGGACUAGUGGAGCCCCGUGGGGAGCCCGCAAGUACUCCAUAUUUUAGUGGGGACUUUUCUGGCGCCACUGAUGUAAGUGGGGAAUCCUCUGCAGCAACGAGCACCAGUGGGGAGGCCUCCGGACUUCCAGAAGUUACGUUAAUCACGUCUGAGUUGGUGGAGGGUGUUACUGAACCAACUGUUUCCCAGGAACUGGGCCAGAGACCCCCCAUAACAUACACCCCCCAACUUUUUGAAUCUAGUGGUGAAGCCUCUGUGUCUGGGGAUGUGCCAAGGUUCCCUGGAUCUGGGGUAGAAGCGUCACCAGUCCCAGAAUCCAGCGGUGAGACAUCAGCCUAUCCCGAGGCUGAGGUGGGAGCGUCUGCUGCCCCCGAGGCACGUGGAGGAGCUUCCGGGUCCCCUAACCUGAGUGAAACCACCUCCACCUUCCAUGAAGCUGAUCUGGAGGGAACCUCAGGCCUGGGAGCAAGUGGCAGCCCCUCAGCCUUUCCAGAAGGCCCCACAGAGGGCUUGGCCACCCCAGAAGUGAGUGGAGAGUCAACCACCGCCUUUGACGUGAGUGUAGAGGCAUCAGGCUCACCUUCCGCCACUCCCCUGGCUUCUGGAGACAGGACUGACACCAGCGGAGACCUGUCUGGCCACACCUCAGGGCUGGAUAUUGUCAUCAGCACCACCAUCCCAGAAUCCGAGUGGACUCAGCAGACCCAGCGCCCUGCAGAGGCGCGUCUAGAAAUCGAAUCCUCAAGCCCUGUGCACUCAGGAGAAGAGACUCAAACAGCCGACACAGCCACCUCCUCAACUGAUGCUUCUAUCCCAACCUCCACAGGAGGGACAGAUGAUUCAGAGGCAACCACAACAGACAUUGACGAGUGCCUCUCAAGCCCUUGUCUGAAUGGAGCCACCUGCGUGGACGCCAUCGACUCUUUCACAUGCUUAUGCCUUCCCAGCUACCAAGGGGACAUGUGUGAGAUUGACCAGAAGCUGUGCGAGGAGGGCUGGACCAAGUUCCAGGGCCACUGUUACCGCCACUUCCCCGACCGGGCAACCUGGGUGGACGCCGAGAGCCAGUGCCGGAAGCAGCAGUCACACCUGAGCAGCAUCGUCACCCCCGAGGAGCAGGAGUUUGUCAACAACAAUGCCCAGGACUACCAGUGGAUCGGCCUGAAUGACAAGACCAUCGAAGGGGACUUCCGCUGGUCAGAUGGACACUCCUUGCAAUUUGAGAACUGGCGCCCCAACCAGCCUGACAACUUCUUUGCCACUGGGGAGGACUGCGUGGUGAUGAUCUGGCAUGAGAAGGGCGAGUGGAACGAUGUCCCAUGCAAUUACCAGCUGCCCUUCACCUGUAAAAAGGGCACAGUGGCCUGUGGAGAGCCCCCUGUGGUGGAGCACGCCAGAAUCUUCGGACAGAAGAAGGACCGAUACGAGAUCAACGCCCUGGUGCGGUACCAGUGCACCGAGGGCUUCAUCCAGCGACACGUGCCCACCAUCCGGUGCCAGCCCAGCGGGCACUGGGAGGAGCCUCGGAUCACCUGCACGGACCCCGCCACCUACAAGCGCAGACUACAGAAGCGGAGCUCACGGCCCCUGAGGAGGAGCCGCCCCAGCACGGCCCACUGAGAGGAGCUUUCGGACGUGCCCAGGACGCUGAGCCCAGAAGCCUGGCCAGGCUGACACCCCAUCCGGAUGGUGUCCUCUCCUUGUCGCUUUCUGUCAUAUAAGGAAUUCCAUUAAAGAAGGAAAAAAAUAAACCCCACAUUGUGUAUGCACCCACCCACCCCCCAAAUCGCCAAAUCUGCAUCUAAUGUUCCCCCCAAACGCCAAAGCAAAGCAAACGUAUGGUAACCCAUGGACUGAAGUUUAGAGACGUUCCUUCAGUCUCCCACCGUGCAUUUCCAGGGACCAGCACAGGGACGGGGAGAAGGGAAGGGGUUAAGUUAAAUAAAGAAGAUUAUUUUUUGUUUCCUGACUUUAUCCAAGAGCAGUGCAAUUGUUGGUUCUUUCACCUCCAGGGAGAGCUAGGGAGGAGGGAGGAGGGGCAGAGAGACCCGAGGGCUGAAGAACUCUGGAACCGCAGCUGAAUGUAUUGGAUAAGAUGGAGUUCAUCUGUGUCGGGGAGAAGCCCAGGGGAGAGGGGGCGCCUUCCAGCCCACUGAGAGUGAGCCAUCAAGGGAUCUUCGAAGCAUGGGGGUCGGAUUCCCUCCAAGGGUCCCUCCUCAAGUCCUCUCACCUGGGUCUGCCACCCGAGCAGGUGUCCAUCUCAGCAGGGCUGGGUCGGGGGGCACUUCCUUCCCUAUGGGAGUGUCACCCACCCCUCC